GGGUGUAAAGUAGGAAUGCGGUUUUGUAUAUUUAUUUUUUCUGGCUGGGGGCGAGUAGCGAGGCGCGGGGCCAAAUACCCAAGUGAUGAACGGAAGGCGCAUCGCAUAUAUAUAUAAUUGGAAAAAAGGAGUGUGUGUGGUCGGGAAUCGGAAUAGGAUAUUGUUUAAAAAGAGGAAUUGAGUGGGAAUUGGGGAUGAUGAUGAUGAUGAUGAUGACGAUGUGGGGAGAAGAAUUCUGGAGGGAAAACAUAAACAUAGACGGAGAUGGCCGGACAUGGAUAUGGACAUGGACCCUCGCCGUAAUACUCCUCAUUUUCAGUUGCCGUAUGGUCAGUUCGCGCUUCCGCUACUUCUUUGGAGGACCAACUCUUUCCUCCUCCUCCUCCUCCGCCCCCAUCACUCCUAAAACAGAUGAUGAUAUUCCGUCUCUCCGACCUGGGAUUAUCUCUGAUUUGGAUUUGAAGACUCUCAUGAACGAGCUUGAUGAUACUUCACCUGAUAUCAUCUGGGAAAACGUCGUCGACAAGAGUACCAAAGAUAUUUCCUACAAGGCCAAGUGCUACAAACCCAAGGAUGGACCCUUGAAGUAUCUGAGCGUGACCACCUUUGAGGACUGCUUUAUUGAGUUGCUGCUCAAUUUUUACAUGGAUAAUGAUUAUAGGAUGCAGUGGGACAAAACCAUGGUUCACCAUCAGCAGUUGCAGGUGGAUCGCAGCUGUGGCGUUGAAAUUGGUCGCACCAUUAAAAAGUUUCCAUUCGUAACGGCCAGAGAGUAUGUAUUGGCUUGGAAACUAUGGCAGGGAAUGGAUGGGUCCUUCUAUUGCUUUAGUAAGGAAUGUGAACAUCCUUUGGCUCCAAGAGAUAAAAGGUACAUAAGAGUUGCAGUUCUCAGAUCUGGUUGGAGAAUCAGGAAAGUUCCUGGUAGAAAUGCCUGUGAGAUCAGAAUGGUCCACCAAGAAGAUGCUGGUCUUAAUGUAGAAAUGGCAAAACUGGCCUUUGCAAAGGGGAUAUGGAGUUAUGUAUGCAAGAUGGGUGUUGCGCUUCGUAAAUACUCCGAUGAGAAGCACCAUCAACUAAAUUCAACUGCUGGUGCCAGCAUGUAUAUUCAAAAGGUCCCACCUGAAUUUGAAGUCACAAAGGAUAUGAUCAGCACAGCUCAUCAAGAAAACUUAAUUACAACUGUCCCUCCCCAUAUAGGGAAUUGCAGACCCAACACGAGGAAAUUCACUCGAAGGCCUUCAAAUAAAUUCAUCGCAAAUAGUUUGGUUCUCCUGGGUGGUGCUAUCUGCCUUUCUAGAGGGCAUUCAAGCUUGGGUGCCAAGGUUGCCAUGGCCUAUAUCUUUAGCAAGCUUACAAAUCGUGGUGCUUCAUCUAAGCAAGCAGGGAAUCUUCCAUGUAACAAGGGUUCUUAGUUUGUGAUGAAUAUGAUGAAGCAUAUGAUAUUACGCAGUUCAGCUACUGCAAGUGCAAAUGGAAAGUUCAGUAUGGCUGUAAAUAUAGACGUUGAUCUUUGUAUCGACUUGUCUAUUGCUCCCUAUUUGAGAGUUUGGAAGAAUUUGGAGGAUUUCCUGGAAGAGAUCGUAGCCUGUGCUUUCUGAUAAUUUUCGCUGGCUCAUAUGUAUGCAGCCACACGCUCCCUCAGUUUUACAUUCUCAACCUCUCCCUCACUCUCUAUCUUAAUUCCUAGAGUGAUAAUAUGUUGCUCAUGUUUGCAACAUUACAGAGAUGAUAUUGAUCAUAUUCUGCAUGUACAUUACUACAUUUUUUACUAUGUUGGAUUAAACUGUUGACCUGUGAUC